AGGAGCAGGACGCAGGCGCACCGUACGUGAGCGGAAAGCCAAGAAAAUGGGCGCGCUCUGCCUGCUCCCGUCCACGCCGCCGUCCUGCUCGCCGCGCCCGCACGGACCCACGGCCGCGCUUCCCCUGCCCCCCUCCGCUUCUCCCUGGCCGCGGCCCCGGCUCGCCGCGGGCGGGGGCCGGCGGCGGCUCGCCGGCGUGGCGCGUGGCAGCGGGGAGAAGGGGGGCAAGAACGGCGGGGCGGAGUUCUUCCGGGAGGACGGCGUGGUGGACGACAUGGACGGGUACCUCAACUACCUGUCCCUCGAGUAUGACUCCGUCUGGGACACCAAGCCUGCUUGGUGUCAGCCUUGGACAAUAUUACUGACAGGAACUGUUGCAGUUGCAUGUAGUUGGGUGCUCAUCCACUCUGCUGUGAUUACCGGAGGAGUUUCUUUUGUAAUAUGUGCAUGGUGGUACAUAUUUCUUUACUCCUAUCCUAAGGCAUACACCGAUAUGAUAUCUGAGAGGAGGAAAAAGGUGGCUAGCGGUGCUGAAGAUACCUACGGGAUGGAGAAAAUGUAACCUUGUUUGUAGUACCAUCACUUUCCGGAGAUAGUUAGAAAAUGGUUCCGCAGGUUGCACCAUUGAUAUGUAGAAUUUAUUCCGCAAAAAAUCGCUACAUCAAAAUACGAAAUCGUGCUUCUCCGGCUCA